AAAAUAAAUACUAGCAUCACUAGUAAAAUAUUGAAUUAACGCCAAUAUCUUGUCGCAAUGCAGAAGUCCCUGUUGUGUUUGCUUAUUAUCGUUUACACCGCAGUUGCGGUUCCGAUAUCCUCAGAGUACUCUGAGGACCGCACAUACCCCCGAUUCAUCGAAUUCCCCGAUGGUGAGGGAAACAUGCACACCGUGGACCUCGAGGCUGAGCCUGACAUGGAACUCCUCGCAGAAAUCGAGAGGAACCCUGCCAACAACCAAUACUUGUUGUACACCAGACGUAAUCAGAGAAUUUCCCAAACUUUGGUGAUCAACAAUGCCAACUCUAUAACCAACUCGAACUUCAACGCUCGAGUCCCAACAGUGGUUAUUGCUCACGGAUGGCUCAGCAACCAAUAUACCGACAUCAACCCCACCAUCAGAGACGCUUACUUGAAAAAGAGUGACGUCAAUGUCAUUGUUUUGGACUGGAGAAGAUUGGCGUUGUCUGACUAUGCUACAGCAGCCCGAGGUGUACCCGCAGUCGGUCGCGGUCUUGGACAGUUCUUGGCUUUUUUGAACAGAGUUACUGGCCAGGCUUUCACUGAAAUGCACCUUGUCGGCUUCAGCUUGGGUGCUCACCUCGUCGGUAAUGCUGGUCGUGAACUCAAUGGAAGAGUCGCUCGUGUUACAGCUUUGGACCCUGCCGGUCCCCUAUGGAACUACAACACCAACCGUGUCAACCCCCGUGACGGUGUCUACGUGGAAGCUAUCCACACUGAUGGUGGUUACACCGUCGGAGGUCUUGGUAUCGGCACCAACGUCGCAAAUGCUGACUUCUACCCCAACGGUGGUAUCUCCCAGCCUGGUUGUUACACCAACCUCUGCAACCACAACCGUGCCUGGGAAUUCUUUGCUGCUACUGUCACAUACAACCACUUGGUUGGACGUCAGUGCGCUACCCAGACUCAGCUGACCUGGAACAACUGCCGUGGUUCUCAACUUCGUAUGGGCAACGAUGACUUAAGGAAAUCAGGAUCUGGAAUGUACCGCUUGGACACUGCCAGAAGAUACCCUUACUAAUUUGACGGAAUUAUUCAUUUAUGCAUAAAUAUUAUGUUAAAAAACUUGUUUAAUACCAAAAAAAUAUUAAAAUAAUCAACAAUUCGG